UAUUCAGUGAGUGUGGAGAGACCAUGUCCAAUGGAAACAGUCACUUUUACCUGCACUGCUCCUGGAGAUUCCUUGAGAUGGGAACCGUCAGAUGUUACUCGCAUCACUAUCCUCUCCACCUUGGAUCUCAAUGUAACACUAAUACGAUCAGGUUACACUGUAACACUGAUUGCAGCCAAUGACACUUCACUAACAUCUACUCUGUCAAGGACAGCAGAAAAUGGGAUCACUGUGUCCUGUAGGGGUAUUCGGACCAUCAUAGGAUCUUCAAUAAUUCGUUUGGCUGGUGAUUGUCUCAACCCAUUGUGUCCGUGCACAAGUUACAAUAUGUACUGCAUAGAUUCACCAGGACCACCUUCCACCAUAAGACACUCCACUUCAAGCAGCUCAGCAGAUGGAAUCAGCGUGACUGUUGGUUGGGACGCUCCUACUGAGACUGGUGGUAGAGAUGACCUCACCUACACAGUGACCAUCUUACCUCCGGCCCAGCUCUCUGCUACUGUCCUCACAUCCACCUCUGUCACUGUGACUGCUCAAUACUAUGUAGACUAUAAUGUCAGUGUUAUGGCUACCAACUGUGCUGGGAACAGUACAACUGCUGAGUACAACUUUAGGAGUGGUAACUGUCCUAUGUUGACCAAUCCCAUGAAUGGAGCGUUUGGACAAGUCUCCAGCAGAUUACCAGGAUCCACGGUAACCAUCCAGUGUGAUGCUGGGUAUGUAUCUGCUGUUACAAUGGUGACAUGUGAGGGUACACUGAUGUGGAGUCCAGACCCUGAGGCUAUUGAGUGUACAUUACUAACCACACCUACUCCCACAACUCGUGAGUUAAGCUCUUGGUUGUAGGAAAUUAAUACAAAAUAUCUAUGUUAAUCAUUACACAGCUCCUCCAAUAAAUUGCACAGCUUCACUACCCUCACCACGGAAUAGCAUUAUCAGUGAUCAUUCAGUACCAGCUAUUCCCAGUACACAAGUUACCCUCCAGUGCGACGAUGAACUGUUCCCUGAGGGAAUAAUGACUGCUACCUGUCUAGCUACAGGAAAGUGGGACGAGGAAAUCGU